UUACUUCAACUUUGGAAUUCAAGGGUCGGAGUUAUGGCACCCAAAAAAGCAAAGAAGCGGGCAGAUGGAGCCAAUUCCAAUGUCUUCUCCAUGUUUGAGCAAGCACAAAUCCAGGAGUUCAAAGAGGCUUUUACUAUUAUGGAUCAGAACAGAGACGGAUUCAUUGACAAGAAUGACCUGAGGGAUACAUUUGCAGCUUUAGGCCGCAUAAAUGUCAAACAAGAGGAGAUUGACGAGAUGCUGAAGGAGGCACCAGGACCCAUAAACUUCACUGUCUUUCUCACCAUGUUUGGAGAGAAGCUAAAAGGUGCUGACGCAGAGGAAACCAUCCUGAAUGCCUUUAAAGUGUUCGAUCCAGAAGGAAAGGGGACUUUAAAGAAGGAUUUUCUGACACAGAUGUUAACAACGCAAGCAGACAGAUUUUCUCCAGAAGAGAUGGAGCAGAUGUUUAGUGCUUUCCCUCCAGAUGCUGCAGGAAAUCUGGACUAUAAGAACCUGGUCUACAUCAUCACACACGGAGAGGAGAAAGACCAAGAGUGAAGCAUCUUUCAUCCACCAACUUAGAUUUACACUAUAUGGUUUUCUCAGACCAGGGUCAGAAAUGAAUGGGACUCGAGACAAAACUGGCACUGAAAGUGACAAAAAUGCCCCCAAAAUUCAAAAUGUAGGGCCAAAAAAUGCCCCCAUUAUGAGUUAUUUGUAGUUUUAUUUGUAAUAUAUGCUAUAGCGUAUUUCUUUAUAUUCUAUUCUAGGCCUAGGUAUAUAUUAUUACACAUAUUAUUUAAUAAAACUUGUAUGGUAAUAAUUAAGUAUUUGACAUUACUUUUUUAUAUGAUUACAAACCAAAUGCCCUCAUAAAGGUGAAAAAUACCCCUGAAAAUCAAAUCUAGGGAGCAAAUAUUGCCUCUUAACCCUCCUAUGGUAUUGAAAAAAUGACACCUCCCUUUAGUAUUCACAGCCAUUUCUGAAUGGAAGGGUCAGAUGUGUUACCUUUUAUUUAUUUAUUUAUUUAUGUAUUUAUUUAUUUAUUUAUGAUGAUGAUGAUGAUGAUGAUGAUGAUACCAUUUCCUCUUCCCUGAAGAACAAUACAAUUAUGCAUUUCUUUUGGGAUUUUAUGCAGUUGUGAUCUUAUUUACAUGUACAUUUCUAAAAGUAACUAUUAAUUUGCAUACACAAAAAAUAAAUUCAUAACCUACACUUCUUGAAGUUGAAACAUGAAGAAAUAACAAGAAUGUGACAUAAAUUGGAGGCAGAUUGCUGCCAUCUGGUGAACAAAAUAUAAAUAACAUGACUUGGAAACCAUGUCAUGCCAGUAACAGCCAGUGGAUGGCUGUAGCCACCUACUGUAUAGUCUGAUGGCUUGUUGUAAACUAAUUUUAUAUUUUAACACAAGAUAUGCAUUUGGAUAUAUAUUUAAACAUGAUCAAACUAUUAUUUGUCAAAGUUUAGCAUUUUAAAACAGAUUUGAAGUGUCAGUUCAUGUCAUUAUGCUUGCAAUCAAACCUGACCAUGGUGUUACAAAGGAGGCACCACAAAUUUCUGACCAUGAAUACCAAAGGUGUUGCUUUUGUUUUUACGACCACUUAGACUUAUCAAAUUAAGACCAAUUUAUUUAUUUAUUUAUUUAUUAUGUUCAGAUGCCAAAUGGAAGAAAAGUCGCAAAGUCUUGUACUGCUCAGAUAAAGGAAACCAUUUUUAUUAAAUUAGGAAAAUAUAUUUCGGUCAAAAAUGACCGAAUACUAUAGGAGGUUUAAUGGAAAAGAUAUUUUCUGACAUUGUCUCAGAUGUAGUUCUGCAUACAGUUUGUGAUACAACAAAUAUGUUUGUUGUUCGUUAUCGUCUUUUAUUUCUAACACAGAAUCAAACAUUUAAACCAGUGUCAGCAGAAAUGACCUUUUCCAUAAAUGGGCAAUAAUUGCCCCCUAGAUUUGAUUUUUCAGUUGUGUGUUUUUGUUUUUUACAUUUAUGAGGGUAUUAUUAUUUUCUAAACAUAUAAAUAUCAUACUGUCAUUCUUUUAUUCAGAUACUCAGAUCUCAAGUCAUUAACAUAAAUUCUCAAUCUGAAUAAUUAGACUGAAAAUAUAUUUCCUCCUACCCAUAAGAUUAAAUCAAACAUAAGUGAUAUUUUAUAUGUUAAUUUUUAUAUCUAGGCUUAUGAUAUGGUAUAAAUAAAAAAACUGAAACUUGGGCAUUUUUUGCCCCCACAUUUUGAAUUUCAGGCAUUUUUAUUUGAUUUUAUUUUUUCACUUUUGGGGGCAUUUUUGCCCCAAGCCCCCCUUAAUUUCUGACCCUGAUUUAAAAAAAAAAAAAAAAAAAAAAUGCCUUUAAUUUUAGGGUUGGUUUUGUGAUUUUAAUGUGGAUUGAGGUUUUUGUUGUCAAAUUAAGAGUUUGAUAAUGUAAGCAAAUGAUAUAAAUUCCCUAAUAAAAUGCAUGCACGAAAGUCU